AUGCGCCUGGCAAGCUGGAUGUCUUUCGGCACGAUGGUCACGCGCUUCGCGUGGAUCGCACACAGGUUGGUGUCCUCAAACACCAAAAGCGCACUGCUCUGGAACCGCAAAUCCCUUCUAAAAUCCUGCGCAAUCUCCCUCACAAGCCUUUGGAAGGGCAGCUUCCGGAUCAACAACUCGGUGGACUUUUGGUACUUCCUAAUCUCCCGAAGCGCGACAGUCCCGGGCCAGUAUCGGUGGGGCUUCUUCACUCCUCCGGUUGCAGGGGCGGACUUACGCGCGGCCUUGGUCGCCAAUUGCUUGCGUGGGGCCUUCCCUCCGAUCGAUUCCGGCAGUCUGUGGAUGCGGGCCUUUGUGCCUAGUGCGCUGGAUCACGAGAAGCAGAGGAAAAUCUGGAGGCAGGAAUCGAGCAGAAUGCGCCAGAGCCCAAAGACCGGCAUUCACAAUCUGGAAGACUCGAGCUUUAUGUGCUCCUGA